AUGGCCUCCGGUGGCAUAACGACCCGCAGUUUAUGCGCUCACGCCAAUAUCCCUGCGCCGCUGAUCCACGCGAACCUCUACAAGUGGCUGCGAUUAUUGGACGGUGAUUUAUCGAGUCUAGCAGGGUCCAAAGCGAACAAUAUCAUCGUCAAUACUUGUGGUGGAACUAGGGCGAGAGAGCAGCCUAAGGUGGUGGACAGUGUGUCCUGCAGGCAGAUGUUCUUGAGGAGCUACACGUUUUCGAGGAAAGAGAGUUUCCCGGAGAAGACCAAGAAGCGUUUCGGCAAAAUAGUUAGAGUCGGGGGAUUGUUCCGGAGGAUCACGGCUGCUAAGGAUCAUAAAUAUAAGCGGCAAUCGGCGGCGAAGAGGAAAAGGAGCUGUUUGGUGGUCGUUAGGAGGGUGAAAGAGGCGUCUUCUGCAGCCUUGUCGUCCAUGUGUCGACGCUUUCUGUUUUGCACUGCCAAGGUUGACGUAUUGGCCCGCAGAUCAUAUUAA